GUAUAAUUACAAAAUAUAAUGCACAAAACGCAAUGUCGUGUAAUACACAAGAAGAAAAUCUUUAAAACGCCUUGGACUCAAACUAAACGCGUUGCUAUGGUAUAACAUAGCAAUCGUUUACAUGACGUCAAUUACGUUUGACGUCAGUGGUUAACAGUAAUUUAAAAAUUACAAAAUGCCGAACGUAGGCCUAACGCCAUGCCCAUGGCCGACCAGGCCAAGGGGCAGACUGCCCCCAUGUUCUGGGCCAACCCAUGUCGAUGGAUUCGGUUUAAACCAUUACUCUGUCGGCAGGAAGAGGGACUACUCUUAUGAUCAGGUGGCGAAAGUUCGUCACAGUCCACGGAAUCCACCAACUCUGGUAAAACAAAAAUCAGCACUGCCAAACCUUUACAACAGAAGUCAAACAGAAGAUCGCCCCAGAAAAAAGAGUGGAUCUGAAAGUCCUCCUUGGUAUUCAGACGAUAAAAAACAGUUCGGAGCCAGUCCUAGAGCCAGGUCCAAAUCUUCCUCAGAACAACCUAGCGUUUCAGACAUGCUAGAAAGUAAAAGCAACGAAGAAGGCCUAAAACCGGAAAUUAUAAAACUGGAAAGAAAGAAAAGCGCCCAACUUCCAACGGUUGGAAUGCAUAAACACCGUCCGACAUCUGGUGCUCUGUGCUUCACCGUAAAGUGGAUGGACGCUAGUCACGAGGACGUGAAGGACGCCAUUGAGUCUCAGCUCAGCUGUGUGAUAGACCGUCUCCGCUUGGACCCCAUGGACAAGGCCGACACAGAACACAAGACCAUGUGGGUGUUCACCGUGAAGGGGGCAACCCUAAAUAACCAAGCGUUGCAGCAAGGCAUAAAGCUAAAUGGCGAGCGCUCGCGCAUUCGUUACCUCGACGACGUGAUGCUGAGUGAACACAAUGCGUACAUAAUUUCAAGUCCAUCCAAGACGAAAAAUCGUUGAAAGGUUUCAGCGCUUAUGAGGGAGUGAUAAUCAGAAUCAACUAGCUUGCUGGAUCGUGUAACAGAAACUAGCUAACAUUAUUAUCAAGCAAAUCACCUGUGAUAAUGGGUCAAUAACCUAACAAAUUGUGACUAUAGGAACUGAAAUUCGAAAAACAAUGAAUCAGCCAAAGUAAUUUACUAAAUUGUACAUAGAAAAUGAAUUAUUUAUGAAACAGCCAGUGGGGUCAAACAUUACUGAAUUGUGUAUAGGAACUGAAUUCUCCACAAUUAUAGACUCUAAUAGUACAAUGAUUUAACAUAUAAAAAACAGGUAUACUUAAUAGGUCAUGGACUACAUAUAGUAACAGUGGAAAAUUGGGAUCCACUCCAAAUUUGCCACCUGUGUUUGAGGGUACCUUAAAAAAAAAAUCAUUUCUUCAUUGACGUCAGGCCAUAAUAGGUACCCUUCACAUGCGCCAGUGGCAUGUAUUAUAUAUCAAAUCAAAGCUUAUGACCUACUGGACCACAUGACAUGCUGUAAUACCACACACCCACCAACACCCACCUACCCACACACACAAACAUUACUACAUUAUGUGUUUUUUAGAAUCCCUAACAUAUGUCCUGAACACGAAACUAACUGGUAACCGUGAACAACUGGGGACCCACUACUUAUUUGUCACCUGUGUUCGACCAUGUGACAUACUCUAAUAUCAGAUAUCUACUAAAAUUCCAUGACUUUGUUAUCAUUAAGUGACCAUACCCCAAUUUCUUUGUCAGCUUCCCAUAAAAUAUCCCAAUUGUUAUAUUUUCUUUUUCACAAAAUGUCUGUCACCUGCUCUUCGUUCUUCGUAUUCUACACUAUCAUAGCUUUCAUUUGACACCAAUAUCAUCAUCCUGGUGUUAAAAUUAAACACGCUUUUGUACGAAA